AUGGCGCAGCACGCCCGCCACGCGCGGUGCCUGGCGGCCGCAUGCCCCCAAGCGCCCCACCCCACAUCCUCCAGAGCCGCGGGGAUCUGCGCAAGGCAUCCGACCCGCGCCACCCUCCAGGCCAGGGAGCAGCGGGCGGGGCCCAUUACCGCGGCCGCUUCGGGCGGAGAUUUCGAGCCAGCGGUGUUCGCCAAGGAGUCAGUGUCGAUGGCGGGGGGCGCCGAGAGCAUCGUGCGGGGGGGGCGGGACAAGCUGGAGCUGCUGCCCAAGGCGUUCGCGGGGAUCAGCCAGGUGGGCGUGAUCGGCUGGGGCUCUCAGGCGCCGGCCCAGGCCCAGAAUCUGAGGGAGUCGCUGGAGGUCGCCGGACUGGGGGACGACGUGAAGGUGGUGAUUGGCCUGAGGGAGGGGUCGUCGUCGGCUGCUGAGGCGGAGGGGUGCGGAUUCACCAAGGCUAAUGGGACCCUUGGGGAGGUGUAUGAUGUCAUCUCAAAGAGUGACCUAGUGAUGCUGCUCAUCUCCGACGCCGCACAGGCAAAGCUAUAUCCACGAAUUCUCGCAGCCAUGAAACCUGGUGCCACUCUGGGCCUGUCACAUGGCUUCCUGCUUGGUGUGAUGACAAACGAUGGAGUGGAUUUCCGACCAGACAUCAACGUUGUGCUUGUGGCUCCCAAGGGAAUGGGACCAUCUGUGCGGCAGCUCUACUUGCAGGGCAAGGAGGUCAAUGGGGCAGGAAUCAACUGUUCGUUUGCUGUGCACCAGGACUUCACUGGGACUGCCACCGACAUUGCUCUUGGCUGGGCUGUUGCCAUCGGCGCCCCAUUUGCAUUCUGUACGACGCUGGAGAGUGAGUACAAGAGUGACAUUUAUGGCGAGCGCUGCAUCUUGCUGGGUGCAGUGCAUGGAAUGGUUGAGAGCCUUUUCAGGAGAUACACCAGCCAAGGGAUGAGCCCUGAAGACGCAUUCAAACACAGUGUGGAGAGUAUCACGGGACCCAUCUCGAGGACAAUCUCUACGAAGGGCAUGCUGGCAUUGUACAGCUCGCUGGACGCAGAAGGCAAGAAGACGUUCGAGAAAGCGUACUCGGCCACCUACAAAGCGGCGCUGGACAUAUGCCUGGAGGUCUACGACGAGGUGUCCAGUGGGAGCGAAAUCCAGUCUGUCAUCCGCCGGUGUGCUCGACUGGACGAGUUUCCGAUGGCCACAAUCGACCAGACGUACAUGUGGCAGGUUGGAAAGAACGUGCGCGCCAACCGCGUGGAAGCGGACAUCCCACUGGACCCUUUCACUGCCGGCGUCUACGUGGCGGUCAUGAUGGCCACCGUGGAGGUCCUCAAGAGGAAUGGCCACCCCUACUCGGAGAUCUGCAACGAGUCCAUCAUCGAGGCCGUGGACUCCCUCAACCCCUACAUGCACGCACGCGGCGUGGCGUUCAUGGUCGACAACUGCUCCCACACCGCGCGGCUAGGCUCACGCAAGUGGUACCCGCGGUUCAUGGCCGCCCUGGAUGAGCAGGCAUACGUCAAGAUCGACAGCGAGGAGCCCGUGGACGACGAGAUGCUGCGGGACUUUUUCAACAGCCCCGUGCACGGGGCGCUGGCGACGUGCUCGGAGAUGCGGCCGCCGGUUGACAUUUUUGUUGGGACUGAGGGGUCCGACGUGGGCGUCGGCGUGGGGGCCGCGAGGGUGGAGUUCAAGAGCACGGCCGUGGCGUGA